GCGCACUUCGCAGGUCUGGCGGGCGGGACGGAGAGGGGCGCGGCCCCGGGACCCCGCCCCGCCGGGAAGUCUCGGCAGCGCGGGCCGCGAGCGCAGUGACGGACGCGCCGGCAGCCGGGAGCGCAACGGUCCUCUGCGGCGCGCGGGUCGGGAGGAGUCUCAGCGGCUGGAGAGCUGUGUUUCCGGAGGACUGAGGAAAACCCACCAGGAACCGAAAAUGCCGAAACCAAUCAAUGUCCGAGUCACCACCAUGGAUGCGGAGCUGGAGUUCGCCAUCCAGCCAAAUACGACAGGAAAACAGCUCUUCGAUCAGGUGGUUAAGACUAUUGGCCUUCGGGAAGUGUGGUACUUUGGCCUCCAAUAUGUGGAUAAUAAAGGAUUUCCUACCUGGCUGAAACUUGAUAAAAAGGUGUCCGCACAGGAGGUCAGAAAGGAGAAUCCUCUCCAGUUCAAGUUCAGGGCCAAGUUCUACCCAGAAGAUGUGUCUGAGGAGCUCAUCCAGGACAUCACACAGAAGCUCUUCUUCCUGCAAGUGAAGGAGGGAAUUCUCAGCGAUGAGAUCUACUGCCCUCCGGAGACAGCAGUGCUCCUCGGCUCCUACGCUGUGCAAGCCAAGUUUGGAGACUACAACAAGGACUUGCACAAGUCUGGGUACCUCAGCUCUGAGCGGCUGAUUCCCCAGAGGGUCAUGGACCAGCACAAGCUCAGCCGGGACCAGUGGGAGGACCGCAUCCAGGUGUGGCACGCCGAGCACCGCGGGAUGCUCAAAGAUAAUGCCAUGCUGGAGUAUCUGAAGAUUGCCCAGGACCUGGAAAUGUAUGGAAUCAACUACUUUGAGAUAAAAAAUAAGAAAGGAACAGAUCUUUGGCUUGGAGUCGAUGCCCUUGGACUAAAUAUUUAUGAGAAAGAUGAUAAGUUGACUCCAAAGAUUGGCUUCCCGUGGAGUGAAAUCAGGAACAUCUCUUUCAAUGACAAAAAGUUUGUCAUUAAGCCUAUCGACAAGAAGGCGCCUGACUUCGUGUUCUACGCCCCCCGCCUGCGCAUUAACAAGCGGAUCCUGCAGCUCUGCAUGGGGAACCACGAGCUAUACAUGCGCCGCAGGAAGCCCGACACCAUCGAGGUGCAGCAGAUGAAGGCCCAGGCCCGAGAGGAGAAGCAUCAGAAGCAGCUGGAGCGGCAGCAGCUGGAAACGGAGAAGAAGAGGAGAGAGACUGUGGAGAGAGAAAAGGAGCAGAUGAUGCGGGAGAAGGAGGAGCUGAUGCUUAGGCUUCAGGAUUUUGAACAGAAAACCAAGAAGGCAGAGAAAGAGCUCUCGGACCAGAUUCAGAGAGCCCUGCAGCUGGAGGAGGAGAGGAAGCGAGCCCAGGAGGAGGCCGAGCGCCUGGAGGCCGACCGCAUGGCCGCGCUGCGUGCCAAGGAAGAGCUGGAGAGGCAAGCGGUGGAUCAGAUAAAGAGCCAGGAGCAGCUGGCUGCCGAGCUCGCAGAGUACACCGCCAAGAUUGCCCUCUUGGAAGAGGCACGGCGGCGCAAGGAGGACGAGGUUGAGGAGUGGCAGCACCGGGCCAAAGAGGCCCAGGAUGACUUGGUGAAGACCAAGGAGGAGCUGCACCUGGUGAUGGCCGCCCCACCACCCCCGCCGCCCCCCGUGUAUGAGCCGGUGAGCUACCACGUCCAGGAGAACCUGCAGGAGGAGGGCCCCGAGUACACGGGCUACAGCGCCGAGCUCUCCAGCGAGGGCAUCCUGGACGACCGCAACGAGGAGAAGCGCAUCACCGAGGCCGAGAAGAAUGAGCGUGUGCAGCGGCAGCUGAUGACCCUGAGCAGUGAGCUGUCCCAGGCCAGAGACGAGAACAAGAGGACCCACAACGACAUCAUCCACAAUGAGAACAUGCGGCAAGGCCGGGACAAGUACAAGACGCUGCGGCAGAUCCGGCAGGGCAACACCAAGCAGCGCAUCGAUGAGUUCGAGGCCAUGUGAGGGCCAGGCCGGGACCCUGGGUGGCGGGCCUCCUGCCGGGCUCGCGGAGGGGCGCCACCCCAGACUCGCGUGGUACCGGUAGUUCUCUAACCUAGGCACCCCCCCCACCCCCACCAUAUUCCAGUUCCUUUAAAAAGACGGUAGUUAUCUCAGUGGGAACAUCCUGGGGUUGGGACCAGUGGAAACUUCCCUGGUUUAUUUUUCCCAAUUGUAUCAUAGUGCCAAACAGGCCUCAUUUUUAUUAUUAUUAUUAUUAUUAUUAUUGAAUCACUUCCUGUUUUCUACUUGGAGCAGGACUGAUUGAAUUAAGGAAAGAUACCUUUAAGGUCUGAAUAACAAACUCCAUGCUGACAUGUGCGAUAUAAUCAAAACCACAUUGUGGCUUAUGUUCUGUGCCAUACUUUUUUCUGUAUUUGAAAUUAGCUCAAAUUGAUUUGAUCUUGAUUUCUAUGAAGGAUCCAUCUUUGUAUAUUUAUGUUUUUUGAGCGGUGAAAAUUUUAUUGUGAAAACUGAGUCUAAAGCACUCUUACACACGUGCACACACAGUGAUUCCUUUCUCUGGGCCUCCCGUUCAGGAUACACGGUACAGGAGGAUUCUCCACUCUUGGAUAAACUGUUCUCAUUUGGGUUUUUUUGCUUAACAGUGGCCUGCUUGGUGGGACUUACACACCUAAUGAAUGAUCAGCUGUAGAGUGUAGUAUUUAUAUAUAAAUGAUAACAUGGGUUUGUAACAUUAGUUUAAAAAAGGGAAAGUUUCAUUCUGUAUAUUUUGUUACCUUUUACAGAAUAAUAAACGAAUUAUGUGUUAAAAA